AUGAGUAGUUUGGCGCCAUCGAGAUCUGAACCAAAUUUAUCACUCAAGAAAAGAUUUGGAAAAGUUGUGACGCAACAGAAGAGAGACAGCAGUCAGCAAAGAAAGGUAAAUAUUUUGAGCAUUAGAAUUGUUUUCAAAAUUAAAUCUGCGAAGCUUUUGUUUUGUUGAACUUUAAAUUAAAAUUGUAAUGAAUCCUUGGAAUUUUAAUUGAAAAAUAGAAAAACUAGGGAUUUUCCAAACGCCUGACGAGACGUGUCCAAAAAGGAUAUUGUACAAAACUUUUCAAGUAAAAAUUCCCGCCCAAACCAAAAUUUCGAUUCGGGCGGGAAGCUAAUAAAAAUUUUCAAAAUUUUUUUCAUUUCACUGCACAAUUUUUAUUCUGAAAAAAUUUUCACACUGCACAAAAAUUUUUGGACACUCUCUCGCCAAGUGUGAUUCUGUGCUGAAAUUUAAAAUUUGAAGACUUCAAAAAAUUUUCUAGACUUUCUGGUGUUUUAAAUCCGAAAUUUUCCGGCCCAGUGUUAUUCAAAAAAAAAUGUUUCAUUCCAGCCAGCCACAAAUUCUUCCACCAAAGAACAAAACAGCGACGAAAGUGACAAAGAAGAAUCAAAAAACUUUUUCAAAACCGAUCUCGCAGCCAAACUCAAACACUACGAUCCAAAUUGGUUUAAAAACGUUGCGCGAAAAACUCCCGAACUUUUCAUAAACUCUAAACAAUAUGACCAGUUUGCUCGCACAAAAUGAGGUGAUAAGUGUGAGCGGUUUCGAAAGAGCUCUUUUCACAUCUGGCAAAAAUGUGCUCAUUCUUGAAAAUGGUCAGAUUCGGGUGAUUGAAAUGGGUUUAGAGAGUCCGAAAGUGUUAAUAUUACCAAUUCUUGGUAGAGCAACUGCUAUAACUGUUUCAAAUGAUUUUUCAAUUUUUGCGGUAGCUGUUGAAGAAGAAAAUAAUUCAAAAAUUGUUGUUUAUACUCCAGCAUGUGGAUUGGAAGAAGAGAGUUAUGCUUUUGGAACGCAGUAUUUGCCAGUGGAAUUGUGCAUUUCUCAAGGAGCCGAGAUAAUUGCAUGCCUCGCCAUACUUGAAGAACGUAUUCAUCUUCAAACCUUCGAUGUCAAAGAUGGUAUAAAUAACUGUACUGGAAAUAUAAUGACCGAAAAAACAUCGAAGAAUUGGGAAAUAUCGUUUUGUCCGGCUGAUGAAGGGGUUUUAUGUGCGUAUGGCGGAGGAGUUGCAUAUUUAUUGAGAGCCAGUGGUGGAUAUAUUGAAAAUUUUUCGACUAUUCAGGUUAGUUCAAAAAAAUUUGGGUUUACAAACGUUUGAAAGUUCCAUUUCCUUCUAGUUAAAUAUUUCGAAAAUCAGGAAAUUUUCAGAUCUUGUAGUUGUAGUUUUCAAAGACAUUUUUUUUUCAAAUUUCAAAAAAAAAUUUUGUUAGGUUUCCCCCUAUUUUCAUGAAUACAAGAAGAUUUUCGUACUACAAUAAUCUAUUUGCCACCGUUAAACAGUAACAAAAUAGAUUAGUGUAAUACAAAACCCCUCUUGUAUUCACUUCAUGUCUCUUUAUUUUUUUUUAUUUACAUGUUGGUGAGUAAUCAACAAUUGAGACCAACCGUCUCCUCUUAUUCAUUUGCGCGCGCCGACAACUAACAGGCAGCGCGCGUCUCUACUUUUUGCAUGCGAGUGGGCGGGGCUUAAUAACUAUCCAGUUUUUUCAAAACGCAUUUUAUAUUCAACAUUUUGACCAGCGGAAAUAAAAACUACUUGGCCGAGUGGUAUGCAUGGAUGCAGAUCGUACGAAAAGCCAAAGUUCGAUCCCCCUCGCCACCUAAUUUUUUUUCUUUUUUUUCAAAAUUUUUAUUAUCUAGAAAAAAGUAUUGAAUCAACCUAAUAGGAGUAUUUUUAAGCCAAAAAACUGUAUAUUUAAAAAAAUUCAAAAUUUGGAGAAACUUGAUAAAGGUAAGAAUACCAAUUUUGAAGCCUAAACAAAUCACAUUCAAUCAAAAACCUCUCCUCUCCCUAAAUCAAAAUAUUUUCCAGCUUCCGGAUGCAACCUGUCAUGACUGGUCUAACGAUGUCAAUAUUAUGUUCGGAACAAAAUCAGGAUAUCUCAAUGUGUAUCGCGAAACUAUUCUUCUCGAAACUAUCGAUAUCAAAAAAUUUUCUGAAGAGUAAAAUUUCAAAAAAAUUAUUUCUAAUAAAAUUUAAAAUUUUAUUGCAGAGUCUUGACAAAUCUCGGUGAUUUUCAAAUAUCCUGUCUGCGAAAUACACCAAGAAAAUUUGCGUGUUUAUUAUCAUCGGGGAUUGUAUGUGUUUUUGAUUCGGCUUCAGAAAGUGGACCGGUUUGGGAUUCCUGUAGAGUUAUUAUUGUGAGAUUUUUUUUUUGAAAAGAUGAAAGUUUUGAUUUUUUUUUUAAUUCACAGAUGUCUGACUUCAACAUAAAAAAAUAUCAUUGUUUAUCAUUUGAUUUUGCUGAUGAAUAUUUACUCUAUGAUGAUGGAAGAACACUAAUGUCAAUUCCAAUCAGAUUUUUAACCAAAAUAAAUUCCAUAAAUGGAGAUAUCGUAACUGUUCGACAUUGUCAUAAAAUAAUUGGGAUCAGAUCUACCGAUGCGAUAACUGUAACUUUGGAUGAAUCAGGAUUUUUUAUUGUCAUUUCGAAAUUGACGAAUCGUGUGUUAUGCACCUCAAAAAUCGAUGGAGCGUUUGCUUUUACCAUUCCUAAACAUCUCAAUAAAAUUGUUAUUGUGACGAAGAAUUGGGUUGAAAAAGUUACGAUAACUCUAGAUGGAUUGAUAUCAACUGAAACUAUUUUGGAGAAAAAUAUUGUUAUGGUAUGUAGGCUACGUUUAGAAAAAAAUAUCUUUAGAUUUUCAGGCUGUAGAUUCCUAUGACAUGUCUAUGAUGGCAGUUCUUGAUCAAGUUGGUCUCAUAGUUUUUCGAACUGACACUCAUAGAAUCGUCAUUUCUGAAACAAUCACAGUGAAAAAGGACAUCAAGCAAAUGACAUUUUCAAAAGAUAAUGGAUAUUUGUUAUUUCUAACAAAUAAUGAUCAUGUUUAUUGUACUGAUUUAUCAACUGGAAAAACUUUGUGGAAUGUUGAUUAUAAACUUCAUUUUUUCCAAUCAAUGAUAUUCUCGGGUUCAACGCUUUUGUUAUUGAAUCAGAAAUUUAUUGUGACCAGAAUCAAACAUGGAAAAGAUUUAUCGAAUGUGAAUAUGCAUGCGUCGGAUAUUGGAUUUUCUAUCACUUCAGAAAUCAUCGAAGGUAGAGUUGGAGAAAUUCCAAAAAUAUUCAAUUUUUUCAGGAAACGACAAUUUUGUUUUCAUCUCAUCAAAUGGUGGAGAAUUAUUAUGCUCUGCAUCUUCGGCUUUAGAUGAACCUAUAGUUGUGAAAUCUGUCAUUCGUGGACUUCGCAUAACUUCGGUACUAAUUUUCUUGCCCUCCUGUUUUUUUUGAUAGACUGUUUCAGCUUCGAACAUUUGAUGAUGAAUUGAUGAUUGGCUAUGAUAAUGGAUCAGUUGGUCGACUCAAACUCGUAGAAAAAAUUGAGAAAGAGAUAGACAAUCCUUUGGACCUUAUUUUGUGUAGUUUUGAUGGAAUUGUGAAUUUGGUAAGCUUCUAGUUUUAUAGAAAAUCGCAGUUUCCUUUUUCUAGAAAUCAUUGCUUCGAGAUAUUGAUUCGGAGAGAAAUAUGAUUCGAGAAUCAUCAGAAAAAUUUGUGAAACUUUACACUAAAAACAAAGAAGAAGAGUUAGCCCAAAUCAAGAAUAAGUUUGAUGAAAUUAUCAAAAAUUAUGCAGAAAAAGUUAGAGUAUGUUAAUUUUUUUUGAACCCUGAAUUUUAUUUUAUUUUUUUUGCUUUCACUCAAUUUUUCACUAAUCUAUUUAUGUAUACACAUAUUUAUUCUGUUCCUCUAACAAGCUUAUUGUUCAGAAGAUCGAAAGCGAAUUCCAUCAAUCUGAAGAGAUUAAAAAAUUGACUAUUCAUAAUCUGGAAGCAGUAUACAAUGAGGAGAAUUUGGCACAGAAGACAAAAUACGAAAAAAUGAUUGAAGAUCAGAUUCGAAAAUCAUUGAGACAAAUGGAUGAAAAAAAUGAGGAGAUCAAAGGUCUUCAUAGAGAAUUCAAACAGAAAAGUGAAGAUACUAUUGAAAAUUUUCAUGUGACAGAAGGAACUUUGAAAAAACAGAUUUCUAAAUUGAUUUUGGAGCUGGGAAAUGUAAGUGAAAAGGCAUUUUUUUUUUAGCUUUUUUCAAGCGUCAUAAUCUUGAAUAUUUUUUCCAGGCCAAAAAAACCAUCUCCGAACUUGAAAUCCUGAACCUUCAAUCCAAAGAAGACUUCAAAAAGCUCCAAGAUUCGCACGAAGAUCGAAUCCAAAAAUUGAAAUCCAAUCACCGUGAAGAUACCGGUCUACUAGAGGAAGAAAUAUGGAAUCUCAAAGCUACGGUAUACUUUUUUCGUUGAGUCCACAAAUUUUCAAAUUUUCCAGUGCGUUCAAUUGAAUGAGCAACGAGAUCGAAUCAGCGAUGAGAGUUCGAAAUAUUCUUCAGCGUUGAAAAUUUCCAAACAACAAAUUGAGCAUUUGAGAGAUUCGAAUGUGAAACAAGAAGAGGCUAUCAAAAAAGUUUGUAUUGAUUUUUUCUUGAUAUGAAAUUCCAAACUUCUAAUUUUUUCUAGCUGCAAGAUUGCAUCACCGAACUUCGUUCCAAAGAAGUGCAAAUCAAGAAAAAUCACGCAAAAGUCCAGGAGAAAUUGAAUGUUAUUGAAAAACAGAAUCAUGAAGUUACAUCCCAGGUAAAUUUUUCUGCAAUAUGUUUUUGUUUGCAAAAAAAAAGUUUCUAGAAAAGUAAUAUUAUUCAUAAUUAGGCAUGUGUUCAUAAACAACAAAAAUUUACGAAAAACGUACAUAAUCUGCGAAUUCUGAGAAAUCAAAACAAAACAAAACUAGAGUUGGAACAUUUUCAGCUUGUGAUCAUCUUUGUUUUUGUCAGAAGUUCCGAAAAUUUCACAAAAUUUUUAGGUUCGUAGAAAAUCAGGUGAAAAAACAAAUCAGAAACAUUUUUGGAAUGAAUAAGUUAGGCACAAGUUUUUCCUACAGAAAUUUGAAACUUUGAAAAUUAUUAAUAAAAAUCCGAGAAUGAGCAAAAAUAGUUUUUAAUCUUUUUGAAAAAGAUUAAUUUUCAAAAAUAUCUUGGAAAAUUCAAAGAUUGAAUUCUGAAAUAUUGUUUAUUGUCAGAGAACUUUCAUUAUCGCACACGUAAACUGAAAACAUUUUGUUAUUGAAAAUGUUCGUAAUCACAUCUAUACUUCCACAAAUGUCAAACUAUUCUAUAGUUUAUCGAAAAAUGAGCAAAAUUUACUUUUGAUCCUAUUAGGAUUAAUUCUCCAAUGUGAAUACAUAUUGAAUGUGAGUAAAAAAACAUCUAUAGAAAUCCGAUUCAUAAAACACAUUGUAGUUUUGGCAUUUCUCUGAAAAUCCUGCUCCAAACAUUUUUUCAGAACCAUCGCUGGAAACGUCGCAUGCAAGAUCUCGAAUCACGCAUCGAGCAACUCGCCGGUUGCGUUUACGAUGCUCGAAAACUCGAGCAUUCUGUUCUCAGCCUACUAGCAAUGUCGCAAAACGUCGAUAUGGAUGAGCGAUACAGAAGGCCUAUCUAA